UCUCAUGUAAGAGCAGCCUAAGUUGCAUACCUUUUCUUUCAAAGUACGUCGCUACAGUACAAUUACACACAGAGGAAGAUUGAAAUGACGCUAAAAAUUGUAUCGUCAUUCGAACGUUAAAACGCCAAAAAAUGUCAGUUGAACUAGAAAAUAUGUUUGGUUUUGAACUACUUUACAAAGCUUUUAGUGAUCAAAUACAUAAAAAAGAAGACGUUUUAAUUGUCUUUGUACAUUGGUAUUUUAUUAAAAAUGGAUUUAAGUGUUUGGGGAUUGGAGAUUCUAAAACAAUUGAUCCUGCAGAAAUUGGAUCAGAAUUGUUACCGGAUGAAUGGAACAACAAGCCAAAUUACACUUUACGAUAUGUAAGAGAAGGAAAACUGUAUAUUUUAGUUGGCAUAAAAUCAGAAGCAAUUUUGUUAUUAAAUUUAUUGAGAAUAGAAGAUCACAGUGUGUCAAAUGUUCAAUUCCCACUUGAAACUGUUAAAGAACUUAAAGGCCCUUUGAAUAGAAUUCUACCAAAUUAUGAAACAAUUUUAAAAACACUGAAAAAAGAUCUUGUUGAACCAGUGUAUUUAGGAACAGGGCAUGAAGUUUCAACACAAACAUCAGACACCUCAGACAGACCUCAAAGGAGUGAUGAUGAUGAUGAUCCUUUGAGGGUAGGACCACCACACAGACCUGCUGGUGAUACAAUACCGGGGCUUCCAAGAAUGAGUCCUUUUGGGAUAGGUCGAGAUGAUCUAAAUCCAUUUGGAACAGGACAAGGAGGAAUGAUAUUUAAUCCUUUUUCUGGUCCAAGACCAAGACCGGCUUAUCCUGGCCUUGGUGUACCUGGUAGACUACCACUAGCGUCUAUCCCUCCUGGAGCUAGAUAUGAUCCAUUUGGUCCACCAGAUAUUGCAGCCUAUAGCCGUUUAGGUCCAGACCCUGAUCAUAUGCCUCCUCCUGGUUAUGACGAUAUGUUUAUGUAAAAGAACAAUUAUUUUAUAUUUAUUUGCUUCAAAAGAUUUUAUUAAAAAAAGUUGAAUAUUUUAAAUAAAGUACGAUUUUAUUAGAAAGAAGUAUCUUUUUAUGACCUUGUUCGUAAGGAAUAUUCGAGCUCAUCACAAAAUGACAUCCACUUAUUUUUAUUCAUGAUAACGUUUACAAUAUAACAAAAAAGAUACGUUUUAUUUCAAUAAACUAAUUGAUGCGCAUGAAGCAGUAGUGUUAAUUACAUUAAAAAAUAAAAUACACAUGAAUUAUGUAUAAUGGUGAAACUUUUGCUGUUGAUCGAUACAUUUAUGUUUAUAUUAUGUUUAAAACAUCGUAAUUCUUCAGUCACAUAAGAAUAAAAUGAGCUAUUAUACUCCUUUUUUUAAUUUAAAAUAGAUCUAUAUUUAAUGUUUAAGGUUCUUCCCAAUAUGUAUACAAUAUAAAUAUGUGUCAAGUACAGACGAUUUUUGCUUUUUAAUUAUUCUGUGAUGAAGCGAAAAUUAGGAUUCAAUAAAUUCAUUAAAAGUACUUUUUCAUGUGUACUAAAAGAUUAAGCGCGGACGAUUCUCAGAAAAAUAAAAAAAGUCUAGAUCGUUUUGGAUUCUAAAAUCAUCCAAAAUUGCUUUAGCACAAAUUACAUAUCACAAGAUCUUUUAUCAUAAAUGUCGAAUGUCAAUUUCACUCCAUCAAAGAAUAAUCAUGGGUCAACAGAUGCCUGUUUCAACACGUAUUUGUAUGAUUGGUAUAUAUAUAUAUACAUAUAUAUAGUAUCUGGUAGGAGGGGGGCUUGUAAUUUCAUUUGCUUACACCUACAUAAUGUGGUAUAUAUACGUACGUAGAUAGAAGUAUGUACGUAUGUACAUACACGUCGAUUGUUUAUAAAUCAUUUGUCUUGGAAAAGAAAGGCAAAAAAAUAUAUGACCGUCAUUAUUGAAAUGAAUAUUCCACUUUACUUGGCAGUUUUUUUUUUCGAAUAACAUGUACACCUCAAAAUAAUUACAUGUACUUGGAAAAACAGCCACUUAGCAUAAUAUUGCAACUAUAACUGCGUGCAACAAUAUAUUAUCCAAGCGCCAAUGAAAAAAAAUACAAAAUAAAUACGUAAUUUCAACAAAGUCACAUAAAUUCUAUGAAAUUUUUGAAAUCCUAGCAGUAACCGUUUCUUCGAGCGAUUCUUGUACGUAGUACAAAAAUAUGUAGAAUAAAUGAAAAAUUUUAACAAUAACAUUAAAAUAGUGCAUUUAAACUCGUUAAUAUUAAGUUGUACGUAGUUUUUCGGCCAAUAUUUGGCAUGCUAUGAUGUAUGCAAGCAGGUGUAUUGGUGGCAUUAAGCUAGAUAAAUCUGACCAAUAUGUCUAGUGGAAGAAAUGAAAGAAAAUAAUAUUUUUUCCUUCAGUUUCUUCAGGUGCUUGAUUAAAAAUAUAUCACAGACGAGUAUUAUGAGUUUGUACGACGUUUUCUGAUUAAUUUAUUCAUAGAAUACAUCUCGAAGAAACGUUAAUUGGCAAUUUUGUUUUAUUUAUUCGUUUAUUUUAAGAAAGUAGAAAUGGUAACUUGAAGAAAAGAGUUUAAUCAGGUGUAAUUAUUAAAUCACAAGGUUCUUUUACUUUGUGUGAAAGCAAGAGACAUUUCAUUAUACAAAAUACAUUCAUAUUAUACGCAAAUAGUAUCGCAAAACAAUUUAACUAAGGCAAAGAUCAAUAGUUAUUAGGAUUAACAUAUAAUUGAUUUCGGAUCUGGGGAUCCACAUGUUUCAUUUCAUUAUUUUAACAAACAUCCCUCGUCCCAUCCUCUGGUAAAAAAUAUUGCAGUGUUUUUUGUAUAUUUUAAUUUUACAAAACAAGAGUUGCAUGGAACUAAUUUUCAGCAUUAGUUUUUAUUUUUAUGAAAUGAAAUAAAAUUUAUGUCAUGUUCACGUUGCAAAAAUAUAAUAAUUCAUAUUGUAAUAGAAUGCACUUAAAAUUACGUAUUUCUAUGUUAAUCUUGAAAUAUAUCAUUUAACAAUAGAUAAUGAAAAUAUACAUAUUAGUCAGUACCUCAAUAUGAUAUUUGGAUUAUGAUGGUAUAAAUUUAAUAGAAAUGAAAAUAAUUUAAAACAAGAUUAAGCAUUUCAAGCUAUUGAAUUAUUAUAUUUUUUGCAACACACGAACAAAACUUAAUCAACUCGAUUUCAUUUCUCCUAUUAAUACAAUUUUUGACUUGUUAAAAAUGAAUUUUAUCGUGACAUAUUUUUCUGAACACAGUUGAGUGUGGCGAUUAGCUCUAUUGACAAUUUUAUCAAAGUUGAUCGGUGAAACGUGAUAAUGUCCACUCUAAAUCUAUUAGUUUUUUCAUUUUAUUUAGCUUGUCUUCGAAAAUAGAUAUAAAAAAAUUAUGUAAAUAAGGAAGAUAUUACAAACGCUUCAAGAAAAUAGCCAAUGAGCCAGUGUAGUUUUAUUUACUGAUACAUCGUAACUCUGGAGUGACUUACAAAUUUGUGGUAUUUAGUUGUUAUCUAGUUUUUUGAAAUUUGAUCGUUCCAGUAACACGUGUUAAUAUAUAUAUAUAUAUAUAUA